AUGUUGCCCUCCGUUCUUCCAUCCAAGCCUGCUGUUAGAGACAUCUCGAGCACGAAGGAGGACAUCGAGAAGGCUGCGAAGCUGGGGAAGGCGACGAAUCCGGAAGAAACCGCGCUGUUCAUAUGCGCCUAUGAAGACUGCAAUCGGCUGUAUCCCAACAGGGAGCGCUUGAUGAACCAUCGUAGGCGGGACCACAAGACGGAGGACGACGGGGACAUUCUGACCUGGAAUGAGUGA